UUGAUCGAUUUGACAGUAUUUUAGUAGAAAGCAUAUCUAUUAAAAUGAAAAAAGAAAUUAACACUCCUCUUAUCCAAGAUCACAAAUACAGUCAUUUUGUGGAUUAAAGAUGCCAACACCUAAGACCUGAGGAGCAGAACGAUGAUAAUGGUAAAUCUCCAGUAGGCUUUCUACUGUUUGGGAAAGCUCCUGCUAGGAGAAAAAGAGCCGGUCAAAAAAGAGGUUGUGUGGACUCUCUCUUCCUACAAGGCUGAUCUCAGGGAUUUUCUGAAAGACAUUCCUAGCCCUCUCCUAUGCCUAUCUUCAAAUAAAGAAACCUACCGGAGAUCUCCUGUGUUCUAUGCAGCUAACUGUCCUUUAUGUAACACCUCCAUCCUCAAUCCCUCAUGAGCCCCUUUCAAACUGGCAUGAUGAUUCUGGGGGCACCUGUGUCAGCUGCAGAAGGCAGGGUGUCCAAAGGGGCUCCUGCCUGUGGUUGAAGAGUAACUAUAACAAAUAGGUGAGCUCUCUAGGGAGAUUCAAGGAGAUGGUGGACAAGGUCUCUGAUUUAUACAUCAGAACACAGAAAGCUCAAGAGUGAUGGAAACAGAGGACCAAGUACAUGAGAUGUAGCUAUUCCAAAACUUCCAGGGCCCACAGUAGCUAUAAUUGGAUACUCUAUUCUUUGGGCCGCUCCACUGGAUUGAUACUCUGAGCCCCUGUGGUGGGUCCUAAAGUAAUACCUGAAGGUUAUCAACACCAGUAUCUACUGACCAUACAUCAGAGCUAGGGUUAAAAUGGCAAGCCCUGCCAAGAGGAAUUGAAGCAACUUUGGAUACCGGUAGGCUUCUAAGAUAAACUCAUGACCUACUAGAGGGUAGUGUCUGGGUCUUAGACAUAAGCAGCAAACCCUUUCAUUUUGAACAAAAAAAAAAAUCCCAUAAAUGUCCUGACAGAGAAUUAGAUACUCUAUAGCAGAUAUAUCCUAGCUGCUCCUGAAUAAUUGCAACUUUCAACCUGGAUAUGCAGAGUCAAGAGGAAUGAAACAAAUCCCACUUUCCCACCUGUAUAAGUUAUCUAUUGCUGUGUGACAAAUGACCCCAAAAAUGAAUGGCUUAAAAUAACAUUUAUUAUCUCACAGUUUCUGUGAGUCAGAAAUUCAGAUGUAACUGAACUGGUUCCUCGACUCUCUGGGUCUCUCACAAGACUGCAAGCAUCUCAGAGGUCAACUAGGGAAGGGUUCACUUCCUAGCUCAUUCAUGUGGUUGUUGGCAGAAUUCUAUUUCCCAUGAGCUCUGUUGAUUCCUUGCCAUGUAGACCCCCUCCCAGAGCAUCUCACAACAGGGCAACCUUGGGAUAGAAGCUUGGCAAAGCUGCAAAGAAAAGACCAUAGAGAGGUGGUGAUGGAACCUGCUCUCCUCUGGAGACAAAAGGCAUUCAGGAUUCCAAACUGGACAAAAUUGCUUUGGGGCAAAAUUUGCACAAGAGGAAAUCUGAAAUCUUAGAGAACAAAGUCUCAGACAAACCAGAAACAUUGGAAAGGACUAAAGAGGUUGAGGUGUCAGGCAUUAAAAUUAUGAUUGGUUUCUGCACAUCUCAUUAGGGAAGAAAAAAAUACAAAUGUACUUAAAUGGACCUGAGGGGAGUCAUAAGGUUGAUUCUUAGGGCUGAGUUAUCUGAACUUAGAGAUAAGCUUGAAGAGAAAAUCUAUACUGGCCAGAGACCAAGUUAAUGGAAAAUUUAAUUGAAGUGAAUGACGGGCUAAGCCUCGUAGGUGGUGUGGCCUGGUGCCCUUUGAACCAGGAAGGCUGGGACAUGAGGCCUCAGAGAGCCCUAAGGGAAAACGUGAUGAGCUUAUCUGAGCAAGAACAAGGGGCGGGACUGAGCCCCAGUAAAGGAAAUCUGCAAACCUCCACAAGAGCCUCAGUGAAAGGCAGCAGGAGGACAGAGAGGAAAUCUGUGUGUUUCUGCCACCGAGAAGUCCCUUAGAGGUGCUCCCUGCCUCCCACAGCACUGAGCACGUGCUGGGCGCCAGCAGUGCUGGAGAGGAGCGUGUGUGAGGCUGCCUGGUGGCAGAGACACAGCCACCCAAGCAAAAACAGUCACCACUGAGGAGUGCCUGGUGAACCCUGCAAGCAUGAACCGCUACAGCGUGGAUACCUCCUCCUCUGCCUUUAGCCACAGGGGCUCCCUGCCCACCUCCUCUUCAUUGUACUGCAAGAGGCAGAAUUCUGGAGACGGCCACCUUGGGGGAGGCUCAGCCACCACAUCCAGUGGUCCCCGCACCAGCCCCAUGACCUCUGGAGGCCUCUCAGCUUCUGGGCUGAGGCCCCCUGGCUCCAGCCCCAAGAAAAAUGGGACCUCUCUUGAAGGAAACAGAUGUGCCUCAAGCCCUUCUCCCGACAGGCAGGACGCCCGGCGGCCAAGGAGCAGGAACCCCUCCACCUGGUCAGUGGAGGAUGUGGUCUGGUUCGUGAAAGAUGCUGACCCGCAGGCUCUGGGGCCCCACGUGGAGCUCUUCCGGAAGCAUGAGAUUGAUGGCAAUGCCCUCUUGUUGUUGAAGAGUGACAUGAUCAUGAAAUACUUGGGCCUGAAGCUAGGACCUGCACUGAAACUCUGCUACCACAUUGAUAAACUGAAGCAAGCCAAGUUCUGAAGGUGUUUAAAAGAUAGAGGCAAAAGUCGAGACAACAGAUCUCAAGAUCAUCUUCUGCCUUACCAACAUAAGCCACCAUCACAAAGAUUCUCUUCUGAAAAAUAAAAGCCACAAAGACUUGGUCUUUUUAGAAAACUCAUGCAUCUUCACCUUUUUAAAAACCCAACACGGCCCCCUUGAAAGGUUCCUCUAUGUUAAUGAUUUGCCAAAAAAUUAUCAAAAAAAGACUAUUAUUUUUAACAUUUCUGGCAGCUUGGUUGCUCUCAGCACGGGUCCUUUUUUUAUAAUGAGAGGGUGGGGAACAACUGAAUGCUAUUGCCCAAGGAGAACCCUGAGGCUUCCAAGGAUGUGAGAAGAAGGACCUUUGUCUCUGCAGGCUCUGCAGAGACACCCACCACAGCAGCACUUGUUUUUAAUUCUGACCGGAGGACCUAUCUUUGUGAGCCUUGGUUGAUUCAGCUCUGGAAGCUGUCUUCUGAGGACAGAUGCCUCACCUUGCACUAUCUGGAAAACUUGAAUUCUUUUGCUCUCUGAAAGAGAAGGAGAAAAAUCUUUUCUGUUCUUAGUUAUCUGAAGUACUGUGUUGCCCCACUAGAGGGCAGACUGCUAAUGAAAUUUCAGGACCCUCACUGCAAUAGCCUGAAAUUCAGUACCAGUGCAUAGAUUAGGGUUUCUAUGAACAAGAUCUAGCCUACACAGACAUAGGGAAUUUAUUCCGCCAUAAGCACCAGAGAUUGCAAUUUAGAAAGAAAUCAUCUUCUAGAAGGUUCUAGUUCAUACCCAAGCAUUACUGACUGAACUGCACACGUAGCAAAGGCAAGAAUUUGGAAGCAUGGUCUUCCCAGAUGGGCUUUGGAGUUCCUUCCCUUCCAGAGUCCUUAAUGAGGUGUUGAUAUGUUGGCACGCCAGAGAGUCUUAGUGACAUUUAGCCGUGGUGUUUCUUUAAAAAGGAAGAAGAAAGAUUCUCAACUAAGCUUUGAAAUGGAAGAGUGUUGGUUUCUAGUAACAUUGUGGGAUUAUGUAGCUGUAUCUGUGGCUAAUUUUAAUAAUAACGGCAUGUACACAGACAUGCUAUUAUUGGGUUUAACUCCAUUGACAAAUAGGUUUUCCUUACUUACCAUGGAGUAAUGGAAAAAAAUUGAUUUCUCCCCCUUUGCAGCUGUGUCCAGGGAAGGACAAUGAAGCCACAAUUUACUAGACAGAAGGGCAGCCUCGUCUCUGUUCUUCUUUUUAUCCUUUUCCUUUCUCUCUGUCCUUGUCUCUCUUUUCUUUCUUCUCUUACUGAACAGGAAACAUAUCUUCAAAAUGAAUUCGCAUGUGCCAUGGGCAUAACCUGUUCCUUAAAAACACAUCUGUGGAGUUGGAGGUGAGGAGAUGAAUGCUAGAUUUUGUGAUGUCUGGGAGGGGGAGGAUCAAGGACCACCCAGGGCCUCCCUGGGCCCAAAUGCAAAUUAGAAAAGGCACAUCAUCCUGGGGAUGCAGCCUGGGCAGAGGUCUGCUGGUGAAUGGAACAGGGUGGGUUUUCAGCCCUCUCACUCUUCCACCCGGUACCCUUGUGCAGGACUAGACCUGAACAAACCUGAGGGCAGCCCUGGGUAGAUUUGUAUGCUAAUCCUCUAUAAAUCAGAAUUUGGAUGAGGAUGGGAAGAAACAUUCCAUACCAGACUGUCAACCCACUUUGAUGAGUAGUAUUUGAGAAAGCACAUCACAGCAAAAUCCUUUAUAGACACACAAAUGGUGGCUGGACUUAAAGCAUGACAGAGAGGGGAUGGAGGAGAAUGUCUUAAAAUAACCCACGGAACUGAGCUGGAGUUAGGUUGUGGAAUUGUUGAAUGUCUUUUGGUUCUGGCUCCUGACAAAACUACCCUGAAUCAGGCCUUGGAGCAGAGUCUUCAAGAUUUUGAAGUGACAGAGUGGCUAUGUCCCUCAGAGUUUGGUAAUUGUGAAGUGCUCACUACUGGAGCACCUCCACGUCUGGAGCACCUCCACGUCUGGAGUUAGUCUCCCUCAAGAAACCAUGGCUAGUUUAUUCAGAAUGGCCAAUGUGAAAUCAGUGAAAUGCAGAAAAUCCCAUGACAAGCCACAUCCCUGACUCCACUGUUUUUGCUCAGUCCUCUGAAACUUGCGGUGCCUCUUCAUCCACAUAUACCUCACGUAGAGACUUUGAAAACUUCGUACCCAUUCCCACCAGUGCUUCCCUCCAUACAAAAACAUCAACAUUGGUGCCGUCAAAUCAAAAUCAUCCCCAAACCAUGUCCAAGAGAUACCUGGUAUAGUUUUCACGGGAGAGAUAUUUUCCCAUCUCAAAUCUAGCAGAAAACUGGGUCCAUGUUCCUGUGGAACUGCUCUAAUGGAGGUGCCAUCUCAUUUUGCAUUAAACUUGAAGCAGGACAGAUUGCCAAAGCCAUGAUAUUUAAGGUUUGACUUUUUAAAAAUCUCAUUACUCCUAAAAUGAAUGCUGCCAUAUCAGAGAAUAACCCAGGGAGGAAAUUCUUUCUUGCCUGUUUUUGCACUGAAAUGCAAUUAGCCGACCAAAUUAUUGUAGCAAUACGGCAAUUAUAAUUAAUUUUCACCCUUUUCAAAAAUCUUGUCAAACCAGGCAGCUAAAUAGCUUAGCAAAUGUAAAACACUCCAGGCCAUUUCCUCUAAACGGACCUUACAGAGUCAGGCCAUGUGUGUCACUGUCAUCCAAAUGGGAGCUUAUUUGGGGGGGGGGGUCUCACACUUGUACAGAUGUGGUACUUGUUAUUCCACGGCCGUAGAUUUGCUUCGGGUUGUGGUGAAUAAUGAUACAGUUUUGCAUAAUUCCAAAUUAGAGUGUGUGAGAGUAUGUGUGUGUGUAUGUGUGUGUGUUCAUGUUCCAAACAUUUCCAAUUACACUUGACUGUAAAACACUUUAAAAAGAAAUCUACAGACAGUUCUAUUGCCUAAGGCAUUUUAAAUAUUUUAUGAAGCGCAUCAUUCCCUUUGUGAAAAAUUCAGGUAAAAGAUGUGCAGUGUGUGUGUGUGUGUGUGUGUGUGUCUGCGUUUCCUGAAGCUCUAGUUGGAAGAGCCUUAGAAGUAGCUGAGAGUGUAUCACUUUUUGCAUUUGCUCCUUUCAAAAUCUUUCCAGCUUUGCAGCACUGAGGCAGAACCCGCUAUAGGCUGUUAUUACCAGCUAUCCCCUCUAGUGCCAGCAGGGCGCGCCCUGGAGGCAGCUGGGGGAAGGUGCCCAGGUUCUGGGCCUGCCUUGUCCUGGCGCCGACUGGACUCGUCCAGCCUGCCGAGGCUCUGCUUCGUGUGACCAAGGGAACAGGCCUGAAAGGGGGACUGCUGAACAGAGAUCGCCCGAUUUCGUGCCCGCCAGAGUUACACUGCGCUCCCGUCACUUCCCUUCAGCAGGGCUGCCGUGUAUUUCUCUUUACAGCAGGAGAAGGAGUGGGGAACUCCUCCAGAGAACCAAAUAGGAUAUUAAAAUAGACUGGGAAGGAAUAUUGAGCUGAUGUUGGUGUGCAUGAGAAGGAAACAGGAAGGAAGGGAAGACAAAACUAUGACGUCUUAGGAAGCUAAGUCAGCACCUCUUCUAGAAGGUCCUAUAAGCUACAAUACCUUGUUUUUGUAUUUUUGUGCUCUGUGGAAUUUUUAAAACUAAAAUUAUAUUUUUUUAUUAUUUUCUGAGAUUGUUUACAAGAAUUUUGCCAUAGCCGUGAAGAUCAUUGGAAAUGCCCAGAAGUGACCAGGGCCUCGAAUUUAGUCAUUGUCAGAAGGUCUUGAGAGAUGGAGAUGGUCUGCUUUCUUUCUAAAGAACCAGCCAGGUUUCCAUACGUGUGAGCAGAAGGUGAGUGCUGUCCGAUGUUCGUCCCAAACCAGUGCUUUUUCAACCUUCUUUGAUGGGCUUAGAGGAUGAGGAGAUGGGACUCAACGUUUUUUUCUUAAACUUCAGAUGACAAGACGUGGUUGGGAAGGAAUAGUUGAUUUUUUUUGAAACAGCAAUAUUUUGUUAAGGAGAGGGAUGAACACCCAUCUGUGGCUGUGGUCUUUUGUUUGUUUGUCACAAACACACUCCAAGAACUGCGUAGUUGGAGUAGCCUUGCCACAUGGCAUAAGAAAACCAUGCUGAGAACCGCAACGGUGAGCCCAGCAGAUGGUCAGCCAUCCAGAGCAUCUCCCACCUGUUCCACUCCUCUCUGCUGGGGCGGAUUAUGGUGCAGUGCGAAGAAACAACCCCCCACCUCCCAUCUCCUCAUCUGGAAGAGGAGGUUGGCAUCCACCUGACUUGCAAAGGCAUUUACAGCUAAGGCCAGUGGGGCUGUGGGCUCCUCAGUCUUCUGUUUUAUGAUUUCUAGUUUCUGCCACUCCUGCCGCCUGACCGCGUCUAGAUAUGUUCUCAUUCUCUUCUCUUGUGGGCCCAUAGCUCCUCCUCUGAGCCGCAUAAGCAUCACUCUGCUCUCCUUCCUCAUUAUUUGUUACUUUCCAUUUCACUCUUCCUUCCUGUCUCCGUGCGUCUUUUUUUCCUCUUUUCUGUUUUCUUCAUUCCACUAGCUCAGAUGCCCUGUGGGAAGAAGAGGUGGUGGAGAGAGAAAUAGAGAAUUAACAGGUAGCCUUUCCCUCCAUGGCUAGACCAUCCUUCCCCCUGCCUGCCUCCCAUCGUCCCCUUGUCACCGGCCUCCAGCCGUGUCAUGCUUCCACCCGAUCUCUGCUUUUUCAUUCCAUUCCUCAAGGUCCUGCCCAUGCAGUCUGUCCCUUGAGUGGCGGAAGAGUCCUGUCCCUUUUGAUGGCUUCACUCUGUGACUCGCCCUGAUGUCUCACUGAUAGGCCUCGCAUCCUUCCUCAAGCACAGGCCCAGUGCCUGUCCCACGAGGCGUCCCUCCUCAUUCAGCCCCAAAGGUCAAGAGCCAAGUGACCUGAAGCCGAUGUGACUUACCUCUUGAGAAGCAUGAGUUGUUUCUCCUAGCCAGGCUGCCUCAUGCAAUCCACACGAAGUCAGUGCCCUCAAGGAGCAAUUAUGAUCAUCCACAGUCCUUUAUAGAACACGUAGCUUUGUCCAGACCCCCAAAGCACUGACUGCACCUCCCAGUGACCGAAGCCAGGCCAGGGUCUCAGCCUUAAUGAGGAAGGCCAGCCAGAAUCAAAGAUGAAGCACCGUGACCUACCUCAGAAGCACUUCUGCGGUGAGGGUUUGUUUUUAGACAUUUAUGAGUCUACCGAGAUGUGACAGUAUUAAGUGGCUUGUGUCUGGGUAGGGAAAGAUGAUGACAUAUUUCCCGAAGGAAAUGUGGUUUAGAGGAGGGAGAAAGGAAGCAAAAUUCUGGAACGGGGACGCUCUAUUCCUGGCCUUUAUUCAGCACCAUCAUGUGCCACUGGUCCCCCCCCACCCCACCCCCGCAGUGGUCUUUCUAGAAGGUAAACUUGUUUCCUCCAUAGGAACUGGAAGUGUUUCUGCCCAGGUGUGAGGGAGUUGGGAGGACUUUGGUAUUUUUCAUUAUCCACUGUGUUCUAAGCCACAAUACUUAAUUUGUUGUCAUCUGCCAGCUAUGGCUUUGAUCAUAUGAGGAUUAAAAAAAAAAAAAAUGAGCUCUUUCCAUCUCAUCUUCCAGAAAUUUUGAAAUAGCAGUUGCUUUAUACAGCAUAUAUUUUCAUUUUAUAGAUAUCAGUUGAUGAGAUUUUCUCCUGUGUAUCCCCAGAAGUAACUUUAUUAAUAUAAAGAUUUUAUACUAUAAGUACCUUUGUAGAUAAAUUUACUUUUUAUGCUAUACACACACGGAAACUAAAUAAGAUGAAAUAAAAUCAUUUCAUCAUAGUUGUAUCCUGUUGCUAUUUUUUCUUCACAUUAACAGUGAGAGCUUUUUGUUAAGUGCCAUGGUAACAUCAUGAAGCCUCAUGAGGCCAAAAGGUAGUGUUACACCAGCUAUGCUAGGCUGUGGUUGUCUGACACGGCUCUUGCUAAGUGAUGAGGAAUUCUGAGUCAGUGGAAAUCCAUGUUUGCUAAACUCUCGAGGUUGAAUGAUGGUGAUUGAAAUGUGCCUUUCGUUUUAUAAGUUGAGGGGUUUAUUUUCAGAUUCCUUCUUUCAACUCAGCCUUACUUAAUCUCAUGUUUCCACCUGUUUAUUCUGCGUCUCGACCCUGACAUGCCCACACAGGAGACAUUCUGCUCUCCAUCCACCUGGGAGACUGGCAGCUGCACGCUUUCCCUGUCUAAAUUCUGUCCUUAAUGAGAGUACAGGUGCCACAGCCCCUUAUCUCGGUAAGAGAAAAACAGGAUUGACUACGGCCAUUGUCUCCACCUAGACGGUCUCCCCUCCCUUUUAAUUAAAGAUUGUAAAAGGGUGUGUGGGCACAUUUUCCUGUAUAUACUUGUGGUUAGGUUUGGGGAUUUGAGACAAAGGUCAUCCCAUGAAAGUUUUUGCAUCAUUUGCUUGGGCUGAGGCACGUGUGCAAAAGGGCCUGGUGUGUGUACUACAGAUGCUCUAAUUACUUGAAAAUUCAUUGUGCUUUCACUUUUUAUGGACAUAAGGUAAUUCUGGAACAUUACUCCAACUCCCUGCUUUAUUUAGAAGUGCUUGAGGAAUGUGGAGUGCUUGGAGCUUAGGCAGUGGUAUAAUUUUCGGGUCUGGCUUUUUUAUUUUUUAAAUGCCAGUGGGUCUAAUUUUGCAAACCAGAAAUCAGUGAAUGGAACUGACUGUGCUGGGGAACAGCAUUUACACUGGAGAGAAAGAGCAGUAAACCCUGUCACGUGAGGAAGGAGCAGCUCCUUAAUUUUUGCUCUUUGUGAGCAAGAUGCAAUCCGUGUUUCCCGACGUUGGGACCAUCCGCUCACCUCACCAUGUUCCUAUGUAAUUGUGUCACGUAAUGGGAAGUUGUAAUAGGCAAUUUGGUUCUGUAAUUCAGUUUGCAAAGCAUGCAAACAUAAGAUAACUAGGUUAAAUGCAAAUAGGCAUUACACUAAGGUAUGAAAAAUGGGGGCGGGGGUGGGGAGAAAAGAUGCUGUAUUCAUAACUUAGAAACAACGUGAUUUUAAUCCUCAUGUGCCUCGAAGUGUAGAGCUUAUUAAACUUAUUUAUCCUCUAGUUUAAUUUCACCACAUACUGUAACACAGAUGUAUCCUGUGUGUGUGAAUCUGCAUGUCUUCUGCACAUAUUUACAGUGUGUCUUCUUUGUAAUAAGCAGCCUCUGAGUGAAACGCUUCUUCAGGAGUAAGUUGAUGUAGUCAUUGUUCACAAUGUUCCGUGCAAAUAGACUGUUAGCAAAUAGCCCAUUAUAUAUGACCCCAUAUCAAAAUGUGCUUUUAAUUUUUCAAAACCUUUUGGUUACUGUCUAUAACUUUGUCCCUUGGGCCAAUUCUUUCAUUACUGAGAGCUCUGAUUUUAAUGUAUUCCCAUAAACAGUGACUGUAGGUACCCUGUAGUCAGAUAUGUACACUUUCGUCAAGUAAACACUACUGGCCUUAAUGAUUUUAGUAUUUUCAGGUGCUUUUUUUCAUUUUUGAUGUAGCAUUUUUUUUUCUAGUAUGGAGUAUCAUGAACCUGGGACCAAUUCAAAAGAAUUUCUAAAUCUGAAGAUUCCAAGACAAUGCAGUAUUUUCUGUUCUUGCUGUAAAAAGUAUUUCUGUAUUUUUAAUAAAGAAUGGAAUUUA